UUAUGUACUCGAACCGGCCUUCUCCUGCACCUUUUCCAGUUUUCCUCAUCGAAGAAGUUCGUAAAAUAACCAAAAUCACCCCUAGGCCGCCGCGGAAAUGGCAGCUCCGGCGACAACCCAGGGCGCCCACCUCCUCCGCUUGAUUCUCUCCUGCCGAAAAAUCACCGCCCAAGUCACGUGCCCAAGCACCCAUUCCAUUGUAGCCAUGGCUUCGUCCACCGAACAAGAAUUCGCCAAGGAGUACAGAGCGAAGCUCAACCGUUUUCCCCGCGCCAACAUCUUUUGGGACUCCAAAACUGCUUCCAGAAUCGGGGAUAAGAUCGCCGUCCGCCUCAGAGAAACUGGGGUAUCUAGCGUCCGAAUCGACGUGCAAGAAGAGCUAUCGAGGCCCCUCCAUUAUCGCAAGAUGGUGGGUCCAUUUUUUGACUCUGUAAAGCGGUCAGGAAUCACCAUCGACGGUGCUGAGGGUUUAAUUUUUCUGGGUUGAGAUUAGUUGCCUGAUUGUUCCAUUCUUGAGAGUCCUCUGAAGAUUUAUCGUAUGUCAUAAUGGGUUGAAUUAAGGAUCAAUUGAUAUUCUACUUCUAACUGUGCCAAUGAUAGACAGAGAACGCAGAGACCACAAGGAACUGGAGAAUCAAGCAGCAUGAUUGGAAAAAUCUCAUGUCAAUUGGGUGCGGCUCUAUUGGCUUAAAGAAUUAAAGCUAUCAACAAGCCAACGCUUUCCUGAUUGAAGGUGUUGUCUUGAAGAACUUCCAUUGGUUGGCCGUGAUGUGGUGAACGGAAAAUCGACCACUGAAGCUGUUUAAGGAGUUUGCUGGAUCCUGUUCCAGAGCUAACGAACAUUAUUACUGAGACCACAUCCCAAAAUUUUUUUUAUUUGACAAUAGUUGUUCUUUGGUUCUCAACGAUUCUUGAGGUUGCAAAAUUGGCUAGUCGUGAAGAGCGUGUACGUCCAUGGAUUUUAUAUCUCUCGGAUCUCAUGUUCUUAAAGAUGCU